UGGUAACGUGACUUCCUGGUAACGUGUUAGGUAGGAAAAGCAGUAAAAAAGUGCAUAUUAAGGGAGCAGAUUUGAAAUAAUAUUUAUACUUAACAAGAAAUAAUUAAAGGUUCAAUGGGGAGACCUAAAGAUUUACGCAUAUGGGAGCACUACCGUACUUUACCAAACAAGUCUGUUUCUUGCAAGCUUUGUAAUAAGGUCUACAAAUUCAGUAAUGCUGCCAAAAUGCUUCAACAUCUUAUCACUUGUCCAAAAUCUCCAGAAACAUUAAAAGACUCUAUGAAACUUAUAAAAGAUAGCUCGUCCAAAACCAAAAUGUCUGGACUGUCAGAGAUAGAGACAAAUGAUUCUUUUAUAAGCCCCUCGUCGUCUGCUAACACUACAAUAAAUGCUGAGUUUCAAGACACCGAUGAUCAUAUAAAAACAGAAUUAGCGAGAGCUAUAUUUGUAACAGGGACGCCAUUAUCGAUGGUGCAACAUCCUUUAUGGAUACAAUUUUUCGAAAAAUUGCAACCAAAAUUUAAAAUACCUUCACGUAAAGCUUUAGCGACAAAAUACUUAGAUAAAAUAUAUAGAGAAAUGCGUUUUGAGUUAAAUGAGGAACUAAAUGCUUGUAGUUACUUACACCUUCAGUGCGAUGGCUGGUCUAAUUUAAGAAAUGAAGGAAUAAUAAACUUUCUUAUAUCAAAACCUCAACCUGCAUACGUUAAAAGUUUGAAUACAGAAAGUAAUCCUCACACUAGUGAAUACCUUAGCCAAGAAGUUGAAAAAGUAAUGAAAGUGUAUGGAGCAAAUAAGUUUCUUGUACUUAUUGGCGAUAACGCUAGAAAUAUACAAAAGGCAUUCGAAUUAACAAAACUCAAAUAUCCACAUGUUGUUCCUCUCGGUUGCUGUGCACAUAUCCUUAACUUGUUGUGCCAAGAUAUUGUAAAGAUACAAGAAGUAACUGUGUUUAUUAUGCAAGCCAUAAAUAUAAUAAAAACUGUUAAAAGGAGUCAACGAUUAAGUUCCUUGUUGAUAAAAUCAAGGCAGGGUGAAGAUUCUACACAAACACUAAAAUUGCCUUGUGCUACAAGAUGGGGAAGUCAUGUUACUUCGUUAAAAAGUUUGAAAGCAAAUAAGAUAGCUUUGCAAAUAUUAACAGUUAGAGAAGAUGUGGUAAUUUCAAGAGAUAUUAAAGAUUUAAUUCUAAGUGAUGAUUUCUGGACGAAGACAGGGGAAUGUAUAAGUAUUUUGGAACCAGUCACUGAAAGCAUAUUUUACUUAGAGAGCGACCAGAAUCGUUUGCAUCGCACAUACAUUACAUUUAGAGAUGUACAAGCUAAGAUACGUUUUGCAUUAAAUGAGAUUUCGACAUUGAGCGAAGAAAGCAAACAGCAGAUUCUAACAUCAGUAUCUUCAAGAUGCAAUAUGGCAAUGAGGCCAAUACAUUUUGCAGCAUAUAUUCUAGACCCCAGGACUCUAGGAGUCGAACUUACUCAAGAGGAAGAACUUAAGGGUAUGGAGUUUAUCUACAAUUUAAGCCAACACUUAAGUUUGUCAAAUGUAAUGGCAGAUUUGGCGUGUUAUAAAGCUAAAGAAAACUUUUGGGCCAGAGGAUUUGUAUGGAGCUCAUUAGAUAGCAUUGAGCCCCUAAUAUGGUGGAAAGGUAUUUGUGGUUCCACUGAGUUAAGCAAAGUAGCGAUUCGUAUUCUAUCAGCUCCCUGUACUUCGGCAGCCACUGAGCGUUCCUUUAGUAUCCAAGGCUACAUACAUAAUAACAAAAGAAAUCGACUUACAACUGAAAGAACUGAAAAAAUUUCAUUCAUUUGUUAUAACUGGAAUCUUAAACAUAAAGCUGAAUGCGAGGACAUUCAGUUUAAUGAAGAAAAUACCUUAGAAGCUUUCAUUGAGCAAGUAAAUGAACAUAACAGUUUAGACGAAAUAGAGCCUAUCGAACCUAUACAAUUCAUCGCUUGUAAUAACUCUGAAUCUGACAGUGAUUGACUGUAGUUUUACAUUUUACUUUCAUCUCUUUCUUAAUAAACUCAAAAUCAAAUUAAAAGUUUUUUAUUCUGUAGGCUGCAUAAUAAUAUUGUCUAUGUCCAGUAUAGUGGACGUCUUGCGGCUGAGAUGACGAUGAUGAAGUACAAAAUCAUAAACACCCAAAAAUUUGGGUGUUUAUGGGGUUUAAACCCAAUAAACCCAAAACACCCGGUUUUUACCCACCAGACUUUAAACCCACCCAGGUGGAUUGCCCAUCUCUAGUUAUAACCACUUUGUAAAUGGUAUAUGAGUAUCUAUUUUAAUCUUGCAUAUCAUUCGCUGUCGAAAUAAAUAUAUUAAAUACACCUGUUUACAAGCGUCAAACCGUUAUUAUAGUAUUAUUCCACGAUUUUUUUUUGUACCACUGUGGUGGCAAACAAGCAUACGGCCCACCUGAUGGUAAGUGGUUACUGUAGCCUAUGAACACCUGCAAUACUAGAGGUAAUACGCGUGCGUUGCCGACUCUGAAGAAACCUCUU